AUGGCCUACCACCCGCCUGGUGAUCGUUCCUCGCGUCGGCCACGGGUCCGCUUCUAUAAUGAUGAAGAAGAAUAUUAUCCCUCCAGUCGGCCUCAAAGAAUUGUGUACAAUGCGCCCACGCCGUCACGGCGGCGUCGACAGUUUUCUGGUGAUGACCAUGGCCUUGAGAGAGCACCUGGCGCUCCUGUUCCCCAAUGGACACGUCUGGAGCGUGCCAUGCCAUCGUAUUACGAGGAAUAUACCCUGCCAACAGCGGUUACUCCUCUGGCUCCGUCAUCGAGACGGGCUAGACACCGUGAAGCGGAGGUUAUAACGGCGCCGAAAGUUUUUGAAGAAGAAGUUGUGCCAAUAGCUGCCGAGGUAGCACCACAGCAGAGGACGUCUCGUUACUCGCAGUCUCCGCCGCGGAUGGACAGCAGGGAGGAAGACGACAUUUAUUCAGGGCAGCAACCUACCAGGAGAGAUGAAGAUCAGGGUUCUGAUCGAAGUCGUUCCCGAUCUCGAAUGCCCUAUUAUGGUGGCUCCGGCGGUGACUGGCCCAGAUUUCAUGCAUACAAGUCUGGAGAUGCAGAAGUCUAUGUUAUGGACGAUGGGCAAAAUGACCGAGGCAUUCGGCCACCAAGUCCCAUGGGCGAAGACUUGGAUGCAUAUGAUGAGUUCAACUUUUUGUUUCCCACGGCGGAUUCCAAGGGCGAAGAGCUCUCAGAUUUAGAGUCACCAGUUGUAGACUCUGAUUCUGCGCAUAGAGAAGAGAGGGAUGUUUUGGGAACAUCAAGCGCCAAGAGAGUCUAUUCUUCUCGCUACACUGGUAGUGCGGAACUCGGGGGAACUCAUACCGCCAAAUUGACUGAGAUUUUUGACGUCAAGGCGAAGAAAAGGCCGUUAUUCAAGUGGCUCCAUAUUCACCAAGAUGUGAUGAACUUUGAUACUUUCUGGACGGAGAUAUCACAGCAAGUUCACUUCUCAGAGCUGGAAAUAAGUGCCAUCGCAAAGCUGAGGGCAGAUGUUAAGAAGCAUUGCGUCAAGACCAGACAAAACCCCAAGGGGGCGAGGGUUGGGUACAUGGAACCUCGCUGCUUCGAAGUGCCGCUUAAAUCCUUUGCGAAGCAGCUUUCGGGUCAAGAGAAGCCAACAGGCUCCGCAAGAUGGAUUUGCCUCCCGUACUUUUCGCGGCAGAAAUACUCGGGCUUGCUCGCAGGAUCAACACCAUCUGUUUUCCCUCCCCAGACGUUGCUACAGGCACAGUACUCGCGAACCACGCAACAGAGAGAUAUGUUACAAGCUGUUUGCCAAAUUUCUACCACCAAAAAGGAUGAAUGCUUUCAUAUUGCGCAGCUGUGGUGUUUGGUACUCGACAACUCACUCCUUGUUACUUGCGGUGCCAUGUCUCCGGACCUCGAUCUCUGUGGGGAACUGGUCAAAGUUGACUCUCAGCCGUCACCAGAAAUGGCCGGCCCACGGCCUGGAAGAAUCCAUGUCAAGUAUGGAAACGCGGUGACUUGGACUCUUCCUGCUAUGGCGUGCUCAACUUGGUUUACGUUCUUGUCACACUUUCAUGCUUUCUGGCCGAGAAAUUUGCAGUUCACGUAUAACAGCCAAGUAGUCUCGGCGGCAAACUGGUCCAAAGUUUUGCAUCUAGCAGCUCGUCCCCAGGGAAGUGUCUUAUUGAAGAUGGAGAUAAUACAACGGCCCCCUCCACUGCGCACAGUUUUGGAGCCUUUGGUAUCUGAUGCUAUGCGAGACGAGUCCUCAAAACCAUGCAAGAAGCCCCAAGAAUAUUUGCAUGUCCUCACCCUUCGUCCCGCAGAAGCGAGACAUAGUGCGAAAGAUGUUGCUGAAAAGGCAACGGAAUUUUUGAAAGAGCAGUUGACUUCUGCAGAGAAGUUUUUGACCGGCCAAACAUCGUAUGCAGAUCAACGGGCCUACAAGAGCUGUGUAAACGCUGCGAGAGAGGAUGUCUAUAAUUUUCUCGUCAAGCAAGCGUCUCAAGUGGAAGAAAAGGCAAACGAUAACAUCAGAAUCAUGCAUGAGGAAAGGAUUGAUAUUUUCAAUGCAGCUGAUGACAUAUUCAAGCUGUUCUUCCCAACAACGUUUGAUGGACCGACAACAACCAAGUAUUGGGGGGCUGUGAAAUCUCUUAUCAAGAUACCCCAGCUUGAAGGAGAGUUCACAAUCACCUCCAUAUCUACAAGCCAGAGUAUUGCGACAGAGAUUCGAGCAGCUUUGAGAGACUUGUCUCAAGAUGUUCAGCUCUUUCAGAAUGUCAUGUCUUAUGCUGACGAGAAAGAAAGAGCCAAUAUUGAUCUUCCUCGGCAAUUUGUUACGGCCUGGCUGCACAUUGUCUCUGGCUUGAUUAGUACGUAUGACCGGGGAAAUGCCUGGCUUGCGCACAUGUCCAAGGCCAAAGUGCUGGUGCUGGAUGGCAUGAACCGCAUCAUGCAGGGCAUCUCAAAUCAAAACAUCCUCGACAACUCUGCUGUGCUACCGCUCGAGAUAUUUUCGCUGUUUUCACUAAACUUGUUGCACGACCAAGUGGGCAAGGCCGAAGAUAUCAUGGACACAUAUGCGCAAGUAACUUCUAAUAACCGAUAUCUGCAGGAUGCCGAAAUAACAAGUCAACCGUCUGACCGCUCUUACCAGCAUCGCAUUGACUUGGUCCAACAAGAGAUGACAGUCAUCAAAAGAACUGUAGCCAAGCAAAGGUCCAUCCUGACAAGCAUAAAGGCAAAUCUUUCCGUGAAAGACAGUGGUGCUUUUCUCACUGGAGCAAUUGACGACGGUCCCUGGCGCAGGAGACGAGCAAGGGAUAUGUACGACGAUGCACCGUAUUACCCCGGUCCACCGCCGUACGAUCCCGCAGUACGAAGACAUGACGCCGAAUACCUGGGGGUGGAUGAUCAGGAUCCAGCGGACCUUGAAGCGGCGUCCAAACUCUCGCCUAUAGAUGAGCUCGGGUUCCGUGGAUUGUUCCUGAAUGAAUGCAUUCAACUCGUCGACCAGCGCGACUUUGACCUUCGCCGCCACACCGACUACGCGGAUGACUUGGAGCGGGCCGUGGUGUACGGCUUAGAUUGGACAAAGGACAGACAAGAAAACGCCAUUUACGCAUUCACCAUUGUUACCGUGGUGUUUCUCCCUCUCAGUGCCAUCUCCAGCAUCUUUGGCAUGAACACAAACGAUAUCCGUGACAUGGAUGUUGGCCAGUGGCUCUACUGGGUUGUUGCAAUACCAGUAACGCUGCUCAUUGUUGUCAUUGGCCUCUGGUGGAUGGGCGAGCUGGGCAAUGUCCUCAAGUGGAUGUCUGGCAGAAAGACGGGCAGCAUAUCAAAUGGAGGAUACGGCCUCGGCGUGGCACCGCAAAUGACGGACAGCACAGCAUAUGUCGUCGAGAGAUCUACAGCCAAGACCGAUAUGGAUUAUCCAGAGACACGGAUCGUCGACGAGCGGUUGCCCCGUCCUGCUGCCUACUUGGCCGAACAAAGUGCGCCGAUUGUGAGACGGGCGAGAAGGCGUCCUCAGUCGGUGAUUCGCUAUUGA